CAAAAACUCCUAAACUGUCUCUUCUAUAUCAGUGGUUGAAGGGCUGUGGCAUUAAAUACAUAAGAGAUCGAUGGCUCUAUCUGGAAAGUUAAUUGGUUAUGUGGAGAUCAGUAAGAAGGGAGAUGUAUUCCACGAUCUCUUCAGGCACAACCCCCAUGAGAUAGUUGCGAUAGCCCCUAAUAAGGUUCAUGACUGUGAACUGCAUGAUGGUGAAAGGGGAGCCGUUGGAUCUAUCAUCUCUUGGCACUACACUCAUGAGGGAAAAAGAAAAAUUUGUAAACAGAUAAUUGAAGCAGUGAAUGAGGAAAACCACAUGGCUGUGUUUAAGGUAAUCGGAGGAGAUAUAGUGGAGGAGCUUUACAAGAGCCUUACAAUCAUAUUGCAUGUUGAACAAAAGGGUGAUGGACAGGUGGCUACUUGGACCUUUGAGUUUGAGAAGCCUAAUGUGAGUGUACCAUAUCCAACUUCUAUGAUGGACUACCUUUGUGAUCUGGUCAAGGACUUGGAUGCCCAAGGCAGCACUAAUAAUUACAACCAAAAAUUUAUGGCUCUAUGUGGAAAGUUAAUUGGUCAUGUUGAGGUCAGUAAGAAGGGGGAUAUCUACAACCUCAUUAGGUACAACCCGAAUGAUAUAGCUGUGAUAUCCUCUGAUAAGGUUCAUGGUUGUGAUCUGCAUGAUGGUGAUAGGGGGACCGUUGGAUCUGUCAUCUCUUGGCACUACACUCAUGAGGGAAAGAAGAAAAUUUCAAAACAGAUAAUCGAAGCAGCCAAUGAUGAAAACCACUUAAUUGUGUUCAAGGUAAUCGGAGGAGAUCUAGUGGAUGAGCUAUACAAGACCUUUACAAUCACAUUAAAUGUUGACAAAAAAGGUGAUAAAGAGGUGGCUACUUGGACGUUUGAGUUUGAGAAGCCUGACACAAGUGUACCAUAUCCAACUUCCCUGAUGGACUACCUUUGUGAUCUGGUCAAGGACUUGGAUACCUAUAACAACACUAAGUAGUGAUGUAACUUCGACUUAAAAAAAACGGAAGGAAGUUAGGUGUCAGUCGAUAUGAAUGUGUUUUUCUCCGAUUGAAAUAAUAAACCACGUCGCUUGUGAGUAAGGAGUAAGAAAUGGAUGGUGCUACUGGCGUAAACAUGAAUCAAUAAUGUAAUAUAUGAUGUAUAUAUGUAUAAUUAUUCUUGUUUCCAAA